AUGGCAGGCCUUUUCAGCAGCGGCAUGGAACUCCUCGCGAUUGCAGCGAGCCUUCUCAGCGACGGAUUGGAACUUGGCCUCCGCCCAUCGCGCGUCCUCCCGCACCUCCUGCUCGCGCCUCCGCAGAUCAAUGAUGACCUGCUGGGCGGUGGCAACCUGCGCGGUCAACUCUACGGUCCGCUACUUCUCCAAAGUGAAGUGUUCCCAGAGCCCCCGCCCGAGCCGGAGGAAAUCGGACUUUCCCCGGCUACAUUCUUGGAGGGUCUACAAAACAAUACACCAUCAGGGACAGAGCAACGGGAGGAAAAUAACCAACGAAGAAAACACCAUACCCAGCCACCGGGGACGACAACGCCGUCCAGCUCCCCCAACGCCGAAGACAGGGCAGCACGGACGUUAGCAAGUCCACCCUGCAGCGCGUGCCACUUGCCCCACUCCACGGUGUCAUCCAGCGUGAAGAGGGGUCUCUGCGGGUCAUCACGAGACGUCCAAUGCAGCAUAGACCCGUUCCGCACCUUGGGAACGGGAUUGGCCGAGACAAGGGUGGAGGCCGCUCCGGCCGCCCCCGACACCGCCGUCCCUGACGCCACCUUCGAGGUAGGCACCGCAACCCCGGAAGGCGUCGGCCUCACCGACAGUCCCGGCGCACGCGCCCCCACCCCCAUCCAGGCCGCCACGGCCACCGUCGACGCCAAGGCGUGUCCCGACCCGUUCAUCGGCGCCACUGCCUCCAUCACCGAUGCUGGAGUAAGUGUUCCCAUGGCCGCCGCACCCUCCGUCGCGGCCACCAAGGCAGGCGUCCCCGCCCCCGUCGUGGCCUCCGGAGCAGGCACCUCCACCUCCACCGCCGCUACCCCCUCUGCCGCAGCUACCCGGGUGGAAAUCCCCAUCUCCGUCACCGCCGCCUCCUCCGUCGCAGCUACCGGGGCGGGCAUCCCCGCCUCCUCCACUGCCGCUGUCCUUGUCGUGGCCGCGGGGGCAGACUCUCCCUCCUCCAUCGCCACCGCCGUCCCUAUCACAGCCGUUGGGGCAACCGCUCCCGUCUCCGCCACCACCGUCGGAACCGCACGCUCCCCUCCGCCUCGUCGUCAUUGA